AUGAGAUUAGCCAACUGCGCAGGAGAUAUUAUAGUGCUCAAGUGUACGCGCAGACACAAGUGCACUCUCUAUUCCUAUCACUCUCAUACUCCGGUGGGACGACCACUCGACACGACCGAGAUUAUACACUACAGUACACUUAUUGUUGGAGACUUUAACUUAAGUUGUAUAGACUGGGACUUAGUGGAUAACCUCAGUCACGGGCAGAACAUACCCUCUUUGCCUAAAUCUCUAAUAGAUUUUUCCCGGGUUAACUGUUUCUAUCAAGUCAAUCGCAUAAAAAAUCAAGAAAAUAGAAUAUUAGAUCUAGUUUUCUUUAAUAAUGAUAUUUUAAAAGUAAAAGUUGAAACAUCAACACAAGUAUUGAGUCGUAUUGAUCCUUUACACCCACCCUUUGACAUCAGCUUCAGUCUAGAUGAUAAGGCGACCAAACUGUUGGAUUCCAACCCUAACCAUAUAAGAUAUAACUACUCUAAAGCAAAUUAUACAGCAGUAAAUAAUUUUCUAGACAAUGUUGAUUGGUCUGAAAAGCUUUCAACGCAUGAUGAUGUUAAUAAAAUGGUGGAAAUCCUGUAUUCUGUCAUAAGAUCAUCAAUAGAACUUUAUGUACCCAAAAUCUCAAAGAAAAAUAAUCAUAAGUACCCUCCUGGGAUCAACAAAACCCUUAUUAAACUAAUUAAUGAAAAGGAAAAAGUUAGACUUAGGCAUAAAAAAUAUAAAAAUCCUAGUGACGAGAUAUCUUUGAAACUUCUAAAAAAAAGAUGCGAUAAACAUUCAAUAGAAUCUUAUAACUCAUAUAUAGAACGCUCAGAAAACAAUGUUAAAGCUCAUUCUAAGUAUUUUUGGUCGUUUAUGAAAUUUAAAAAACAAAACAAAGCUCAUGCAUUACCGGCUACAAUGACGAGAAAUAACGUCGAAAUUUCUGGUGGCAAUAAGAUUUGUAACACGUUUGCGUCACAUUUUUCGAAGAUUGCUAAUAUUAAUACAGAUUCAGUUAAG